GCUAUGUUCAAGAAACGCUUUCUUCAUUCGCGUCGACAUAAGAUAGCCAUAAUUCCUCAGCUUCUCGUGCCUCUUAUUUACACAAUGUUUGCUCUGAUUGCCAUUGAGACGAUUCCUAAGCCCGAGGACUCUCCUCCCAGAAUUUUGACGACAGCUAUGUUUCAUGAUAACAUUGCACCUUACUCAAUUGUAGGAAACCCGAACAGGGAGAUAAAUGAUCUGGUUAAAAUGUACACACAUUCGGCAAGCUCGUACACUAAGUUCGUUGAUAUCGACAAGGAUAGUGCUUUCCAUGAUGGGAACAUGACGAAAUAUUUGCUUGAAAAAGCCAAAAGAAGAAACAUUGGAUACUUCAACAGACAUUAUCUGGUUGCAGCGACAUUUACUGAAGCAAAUAAAAAAGCAAUAGCCAAGGCUUGGUUCAACGAUCAAGCUUAUCAUGCGAUAGCGGUGGCACUGAGUGCAGUGGACAACGCCAUUUUGAAAAACAGUUCCGGAAACAAAAACAAAUUAAUCACAGUGACAAAUCAUCCUUUGCCGAGAACUACGGAGCAAAAAUCAAAUGAUUUAGAUGACAACAAUGUUGGUCUUAUUAUAGCUGCCUUUCUGCUGGCUGACAUGGCGUCUCUUGCUUCAUAUUUUGUCGUUUUUGUCGUCCAGGAGCGAACGAGCGGUGCAAAACAUGUGCAGUUCGUUAGCGGUGUUGAUCCCAUUAGCUACUGGACUGCUUCGUGGUUAUGGGACUUGGUGAAUUUUACACUUCCCUGUAUCGGCAUUGUUAUUUUGUUUGCAUGUUUUAACGUGCCUGCGUACACAGAAGGCUAUCGUCUUGGAAUAGUUUUUCUCGUUUUGAUGUUUUAUGGUUCAGCCAUCAUCCCGUUUGUGUAUCUCUUCUCGUUUCUUUUCAAAACGGCGUUGAAAGCUUUAAUCUUAUUGAUGUUGUUGAAUUUUGUAACUGGUCCUUUCGCCUUGCUGGUUGUGUUCAUCAUUCAGAGUCUUGACUACCGUCACACUGCUGAUGUCCUUAACUGGACUUUUUUGGUACUCCCCAGCUUUUGCCUUGGAAAGUCGUUCUCCAAUAUUUUUGAGAAUUAUAACCGUAUCAGACUUUACAGUAUGUGCAUGGAAAAACAUGCGCCAGUGAUGUGCAUGCCUCUGAAAGCGAGGACUCAGACGAAUUAUUUGGCUUUUGAAAAUCCUGGAAUUGGUCGAUUUCUCUUGGUGUUACCACUUGAAGGAAUCUUCUUCAUGCUUAUUAUUCUGUUCAUCGACUUCAACGCUAUUCGGUCGUUGCGAAGUUCCUUUAGAUCGGUGUACGUCGAUCCGUUUGACAGCUUGCAUCCAAACGAUGAAACGGAAGAUUCCGAUGUGAUGGCGGAAAAACGACGAGUACUCAACGACGAAGUGAACGAAGACGUGCUUUUAGUGAAAGAUCUUACGAAAAUAUUUAAAGUUCCAGGUCGUCGAACAUUUGCUGCAGUGGAUCACAUCAGCUUGGGAAUACCUUUAGGUGAAUGCUUCGGUCUCCUGGGAGUCAAUGGCGCGGGAAAAACUACAAUGUUUAAAAUGUUAACAGGCGAUGUGAUUCCAACUUCGGGUACCGCCGUCCUUGACUCGUGGGAUAUUCAGGCUAAUUUAAGUCGGGCUCGUCAACGAACAGGCUAUUGUCCACAGUUUGAUGCUUUGAUCGAUUUAUUGACGGGACGGGAGAUGUUGCAAAUGUAUGCUGCACUUCGUGGAGUUCCCAGUCAUAAGAUCAAUCCAUUGAUCGAAGAUUUAAUGAGAUCAGUGUUGCUAACGGAACACGCGGAUAUGUUAACUAAAACAUACAGUGGUGGAAACAAACGCAAACUAAGUACAGCGAUAGCUUUGAUUGGCGAUCCACUCAUAGUUUUUCUCGAUGAACCAACAACUGGAAUGGAUCCUGUUGCAAGACGACUGUUGUGGAACACUUUAUGUAGAGUCAGAGCCGAAGGUCGAUGCCUGAUGAUUACGUCACAUAGUAUGGAAGAAUGCGAGGCGUUGUGUACUCGGUUGGCAAUCAUGGAAAAUGGCAAAUUUCGCUUUCUCGGUAGCCCGCAACACCUGAAGAACAAAUUCUUUCAAGGAUUUACUUUGUUGGUAAACCCUCCAAGUGACACGCCUAGUAAUGACUCGACCUUGGUAAAAGAAUUCGUGGCAGAGACGUUCCCAGGUAGUGUACUUCGAAACGAGCACAAUGGCUGGUUGAAUUACCACAUAGGCGACUCAAAAAGCUCUUGGUCUUCCCUGUUUGCGAUCUUAGAAGAUGCGCUCAGCCGUUCUGUUAUCGGUAAUUAUUCUAUAAAGCAAACCACACUGGAUGAGAUAUUUUUAAAUUUUGCUCGCUCACAGAGAGGCUACGACGAAUAGAUGGUCGAUUAAUAUUGUCAUACAUGGGGCAGUGUGACCAUUUAUUUUGAAUUAUUACUAAAUCUUUUUUAUCGUGUUA